AUGGACUUGCGUGCGCUGAGCAUGUUUGAGGCGGCACUCAGGGUGCUGCGUGAGGUGCAUCGCGACACUGGCAUCUUGUGGAAGGCGGCGAUGUCCAGCAUGAACUCAUUCGUGGGCCACAUCUUCGAAUGGAUUGCCACCGAGUGGAGGAGCGGCUUGGCUCACCACCACAACAAGAAGUCAACCAUGACGAGCAGAGAGAUCCAGACGGGUGAACUGGCGAAGCACGCGGUGUCGGCGGAGGGCACCAGGGCUGUGAACAACUUCACUGACUCCAAGCAGUAA